AUGCGCCGCUUGGACAUUGAGAGAAGGUGGUGGGGAGAGCGUCCCUCUGCUGCGAAAACCCUACCGAGAUCUACCGGAAUCGACGUGCACCGGAUCAAGAUAGAUGCCGAUGCCGAUUUGGUGAUCCUAUCUCAAGGACGAAGGACGGAUUGGCGACAGAACGGCAUCGCUGCCAUCCAGAUUCAGACUGGUAUAACACUCUGGGCUCUUCCUCAGGCGUACACUAACCAAUAUCCGCACGUAGAAUAUGAUCAUGGUUUCCUGGUAUUCAACGUACCAAGCGGCCACAAAGACGUAUGGAGGCGAUCCAACGACUUCCCGAAUGACCUUUCACUACGGGAAAACACUGCCAGGCCAGCCUUCGACCAGGAGGAAGUGGCCCAAGAAGCUGCUCAUACGUAUCGAAAUGUAUGUCCUGGCGGUUAUUUCCAACCUUGGUGUCGACUCUUGAUGCCUGAAGACGCCCGGGCUUUCCGCUUUGUCUACCCGACACUGCUCGUCGCGAGCCAUACUAGGGCCUACCUCUGGGAUAUACCUUCUGGCCGUUUGAUUCAAACCAUCGAGGGCAUCCAGGAACUCAACGAAGGCACCCUCCUCGGCGCUAUACACUACGUGGAACUGAGCGAGCGGCAUGUUUAUAUUUGUGGCAGGAGUCAACUGCGGGUGUUUUCCCGCGCGGAAAAUGGCAAGCUACUCCUCGCAGUUUCAUCUGCGCCAUGGACGAGCCGCCAGCCCACGUAUCAGACUCAGACCAUCAUCGACUAUGGGCCGUCGAAUAAUGAUGAACAUGCUGGCGUCCUGGAGCGCAUGGCGUUGUCUCCUCCCGUCGUUCAAUCGCCUAUUUUUCUGUUGCCCGCCAUGUUUAACGCAGCACACGUGUCCCCAUGCGGGCGACACCUGGCAAUCCUCACCUCAGACUCAAAACUGCUCCUGGUUGAAGAUCUCGACCGCGUCUUAACCGGGAAUGUAACCUUCGACCAAGCUGUGACCAGUAUCGCUCUGGGCUCGGUGACAUUUGCAGGAGGCAUCUACCUGGCGUACGGGAGAGGGCGCGUGGCUGCCGCGACCGCAUCGGGUGUGUUCGUACUCACGCUGAACGCUCGCCGCUGCUUUGACGGUGAUCCCGAUGCGUCCUCAUCCAUGGACCCGACGAGGCCGUCGUUUCCCCACGUUCGGGUUUCCCGUGUGAUAGACAUUGACGACGUUGGUAACCUCCGGGACAUGGGCUGCUUGCAGCUCACAGAUCUUGGCGUGUGGUUUGCUUGGGGACUACCAUGGAAAGAUCUCAAUAUCCCGGCCGCAUCUGAGGUCGACGAUGCGGAUUCGGAUUCGUCGGUUAGCGAGCACGAAACAGACGAGGCCGAUCCCGUCAAGAGCCGCUUGAUGUGGGUCGACAUCGGAGCGACGCAUAUUCCAAACUGAGGCUGUCAUGGUACUUCCUGCUUCGUGUGGCACCGUACCGGUACCAUCCCUCACAACAACGUCAGUUAACCACCUGUAACGAUAUCGAUUCCCGUUCGAAAACCGUCUCCGUGGUCAUUGCCCCGAUAGGUUGCCGCGUCUUGUCGCGGAACAAUAAAUUCGGCAAGAAACUGACGAAGCGAUAGUAAU